AGCAGUAACAGUCCAGGCUGUAGUGAAGGGCUCUGCCAGUCUGCCGUGUGACAUGACAGCACCCGUAGCUAACGAUAGCGUGUUACUCGUUGUCUGGUACAAAAGUGACGUAAGGGCUAUAUACAGCUAUGAUCUACGCAAGAAAGACAUGAAAGACAAUCACUGGAUUGAGAAGAACACGUUGGGCGGGAGAGCUUACUUCAGAACCAUGUCCGAGCCAGCUUCCUUGGUUAUAGAAAACGUGGACUUGAGUGACGAGGCAGAGUAUCGGUGUCGGGUUGACUUCCGCAAGUCCCCUACCAGGAAUUUCAAGGUCAAGCUAGUCGUCACAGUUCCACCCAACAAGCCGUACAUUAUUGACGACCGAGGGAAGGAGAUCCAGGAACUGGCGGGACCGUAUGAGGAGGGCUCAGAAAUGAACUUACGUUGUAUCGUCAGUGGAGGUCAGCCUCCUCCUAUAGUGCGGUGGUACCGGGGCAGUACUCUGCUGGACUCUCGCGAUACCAACAACUCGGGACCCCUGGCCAAGGAGAGUAGACUCGCGGUACGUAGACUGGACCGCAGUGACCUGCACGCCACCUACCUGUGUUCCGCCAGCAACAACAACGUCAGCACCCCGGUCACCGCUUCUGUCCGAGUCGAGAUGCACUUCAAACCAAUGAGCGCCAACAUUCUCACGAGCUACGUACCGCUGUCUGCUGAGCGGAAAGUGGAGAUAGUCUGCCAAGCAAUCGGAUCACGGCCCCCAGCAAAAAUUAGUUGGUGGAAAGACAAUAAACACCUGGAAGACUACACGGAGACGAUCUCACCUGACGGCAACGUCACGAUCUCCACACUCCUGUUCAAGCCCACACUGUUGGACCACGAGAAGACCCUCACCUGUCGAGCAGACAAUGUGAGGGUCAAGGCGGGCGCUGAAGAGGACUCGUGGAAACUCAACGUCUACUUUAUUCCUGUCCUUCAACUGGAGCUAGGCUCCAAAAUGAAUCCUAACGACAUAGAGGAAGGAGACGAUGUUUACUUCGAGUGCAAGAUACACUCCAACCCACCAGCCUACAAAGUCAUAUGGAAACACAACAACCAAGUUGUCCUCCACAACCAGAAGCUAGGUGUAAUCGUGAGCAACCAAGCCUUGGCCCUGCAGUCUGUUAAGAAGAACCAAGCCGGGAACUACACGUGUAUCGCCUCCAAUGUGGAGGGUGACGGCGAGAGCAACACCGUACAGCUGAAGGUUAUGUACUCUCCGGUAUGUCGACCUGACCAGAAGAGAGUCUAUGGAGUGGCGAAGGAGGAGCGAGCUAACGUGAUGUGUGAGGUGGACGCGUACCCGCCACCGGAUGACUUCAAGUGGAGUUUCAACAACAGUGCCUCCACUCAAGAAGUGGCGCCGGAGAGAUACCAUUCCUCCCUGCAGCACUCCUUGUCUACUCUGACGUACGUACCUCAGAACGAGCUGGACUUCGGUACUGUCAUGUGCUGGGCCCAGAACGCUGCUGGCAGACAGAAGGACCCUUGUGUCUUCCACAUCAUCGCCGCAGGUCACCCUGACCCUCCACUGAACUGUACGGUGACCAACCAGACCUCGGAGUCACUGGAGGUCGACUGCCUGGAGGGCUUCGAUGGAGGUCAACCUCAGCUAUUUCACUUGGAGGUGUUCGAUCUGGCGAGUGAGCAGCUGAGGGCGAACAAGACCUCGAACAGGCCGACAUUCCUUGUGGACGGGUUGGGUCCUGGCAGAAUUCUGCGAAUGAUAGUUUACGCUAGUAAUGCCAAGGGCAAGAGUGACAUCUACCCAAUGGAGGGCUUCACGCUCAAAGUUGCUGAGAAGCAGACUGGACCACAAGCAGGGUUCGAACUGACACCUGUGGUGGGGUUGCUGAUCUUGGCCAUCACUCUCCUGUUGAUCUCCUCCAUCAUCAUAGCGGGGGCUCUGCGGCUGCGGUCCGGCAACUCGGGGGGUGCCCAGCGGCCGCAGGUCCUGGCCAUCAAGGACAAGGCGUCCUUGCCUCUCCGCUCUGACGUCCAGGACUUGUACGACAUGGAUGACAAGAACCCCGACCUCAUUCCCUGCAACAAAGGUUCCGACUACCAACUGGUUUCUAACGCAGGAACGCCGGCUGCAGGGGAUGUUGUGACUCCACCCCUCGCCCUUCCAUCGUAUGAGGACAACCACCCCCGCAACAACGUCAUCUCCAGGAACGAUGACCUUUACGACAACUACAAGAACAACUACCUUUCCCAACGGCCUGACAACGACGUGACGUACGCCGAGCUGUGCCUGUCCCGGCCGACCAGCCUGGUGGACGCAGCGUACCGAGGAUCGGGCACUCUACGUCGCGGGGAGGAACCCACGAUAUACGCCGAGAUCGACCACAACCGGCGGCCCCCCCACUCUCUAGUGUCGCCGGCCACAGGCUCCCAUCGGGAGAUCGUGACUGUGCGGACACCCCUGAUGGGCAGUCAGCAGGAGAGCUGUGUAUAGCUCGCUCCUGCCGGCUAAACUGUGUUCUUAGUCUUGGUGGUGUCGUUUGAAGUCAGUGCAAACAUACAUUUACAAUCAAAGCCACUUUAUAUACUCGUUUCUACCUACUUACUUGAUUGUACUUAAAAUAAAGUUAGGUUCUUCCAAACUUAAAUCAAGAAUCUUAAGAAAUGUUAUCACAAUCUCGAACAGAAAAACAGAACAAUUAUUAUAAUCUGAAUUGGAAGCUGUAUAAUGUAAACUAACACCUCACACGUGAGAUGAAGCAAAUACUUACAAAAACCAAACUUUGUGUUAGGAGUUAUAAAAAGAACUCCGUCAAAGUAAUAAUGCACUCUGAUCCUAGCGUGUUAUAAAACUCACUAAUUUCUACCUAUUUAUUUGACGAAAUACCUCCUGUAAUCUAGUGAUUCAAAAACUAUACUUAUUGAUUUAAUUUCGGAAUUAAUAGUAAAACUAACUUAGAACUGUAAUUUACAUAACAUUUGGCAAGAAGUGAGGUUUGACUGACAAAUUUAGAAGGAUAACGCAUUAAUAUUAAUUUCCUGCAAUUAACGUACGAACUAAUAUCCAAAUAAUCUCUAAAUAAAUAACGACUUUUAGGCUGGAAGGAAGGACAUAGUUUAGAAAAAGCUCCCUGUGUAAUUUGCAGUAAGAAUAACAAUUUGCAGUUAAAUAAUUUUUUAAGUUGAGGAAAUAAAAACUGCCAAGAAAUUUUAUACCUUCUUACACAUGAUCAGUGUUGAUGAAUCAAGUUUGUAUAUUAAACAGUGGAUUUUCUACUAAUUUCUUACUUGCCCAAUAAAACAUGUAAUUGAAACUUUUAAGGUUUAUUGUAUUCAAAACCGAAAAUUACAUUAUUAAUUUAUUUAUUUUACAGUUUGAAUGUUCCGCCGUAAUUUAUAGAUAUCUAAACAUUAUAAUUGCAAUAACGAUUUAGUUUAUUUGUAUUGGAAUAAGUUGACCUAAUUCGCUACCGUUACAGUAUCGUUCCUAAUUAUAAAACAAAUACACAAACACAUUUACUGUCUUUUGGAAUAAUUUUACUUAUCGAACGCAUGUAUCGUGCAUAAUUAUUGACUAAUAAUUUGAGUGACUUGAUACGUAUAGAUUAUAUGUGAAUAUGAAACACCAUUUUAAUUUAUAUAUCCACCCAAUCUAACCUCUACAAAAAUAUAGAAGUAAACAAUAUAUCUUUUUAUGUUUAAAUUAUUCGUGAGUUUAAGUUCAAACUUCAUAUACUAUGGAAUCCAAAAUCCAAAGAAAUUUGGUAAAAAUCCCGAAAAAUACUAGAUAUCUUAGCAAGUAAACGGCAGUUUGCUAAAAAAUUGUUCUAGGACACUUCCUUAAUACAUAUUUGUCCUAUACGUUCUGUAAAGCUAUCAAGAUAUCAAAACUGACUUCAAACUACACAUGGCGUUAAGUUAAGCAACUAAUUUUUGUUGUCUCAGAUGUUGAAAGACUUGUAGUUAUGUGAAUUAAAUAAUUUAAUUAAAUAAGUUUACCUAUUAAGCGUGUACAUAUAUGUAUUAUAAAUGUAAUAUAGUAGUCAAUUCUGAGCGUUAUUAUUGUAUUAUAAAUUAAGUAAUCCAAGUAUAACCAAUUUGGUUCAAUAUAAUAAUUUAAGGGUUAUUAAAUUAAAAUUGUGUACUUUUUCAGUACAGGUUUACUCGUUAAAAAUUAAAUAUGUCGGCGAUGCCAAGCUAUAACGUACACAUAUCGAUAUUUUUAACAUAUCCAUUUACCUACAUAUCCAAAACUGGUAACUAUCUAAUAUCUAUUUAUUAAUAAAUAAUCUGAACUUCUAUUGUAAUGAAAUGGCUAAACAGUGCAAUACAAUCAAAAUGGUUUCAAUAUUUGUUACAAUAACAAAUUAAGCUAAAGUUACAGCUAAUUUAUAUAUUCUAAUUACGUUGUCGGGUUAGCUUUUAUAAAAGUAAAGAAUUGUAUAUCCAAUGUUUUAAUUGACAUAAUGUAUGUGUUAUGAAACAUUGUAAAAAGCUCGUUCAAUGUAUAGGUAAAACUAAAAAUUCGACCGCCCCUUGUAGUUUCCAUUUGAAUCCGUUUAUUGAAAAGCAUUCGUUUCUAAUGAACUCCUUUGCUGCCUAAUGAUGUAUGAAACGUAACGUAAUUUUGCUAAUAAACAUCAAGGAAGAAUAUGUAUGACAUCACGAAGUUUUAAGAGAUAUUAUAACGAGGAAACAAGAGAGUUAAUGUAUAUUUUUGGAAAACAAAAUAUGUUAUUAUUAUUAACAUUAAGUGAAUUUAUGACGUGAGGUUUAAGUUAACCAUAUCGGGUGUGUUUAGUUAUUAUAAUUAAAAUACAACACAUAAAAACAUCACUGUGCAAUAUAAUAUAACUGAAUUUAUAAUUUUAUGUUGUACUUAAUAUUAAAGUCCUGGGAAAUAAUGCUCUUAACUUUACUGAGCUAAUGUCUAAGAAGGAACCCAACCAGUUUAAGGAAAUGUUAGCAAAGUUUUAGUUUUGCAGUCAGGAUAACGGUUUCUGUUAUUUAAAAUUAAAACAGAUGAAAAACUGUUUACGCGUACAUCAUCUUAAUGCCUUAUAACUUCAUUUUAGAUAAAAACUAAAUAAAAAAGACUCAAUAUCCAAGUAGAUUGUUGUUUUGCAUUGCUAUUAAAAAAUUUAAAUAAUUUAGUAACGUGGAAAAUGAUGACAAAUUAAGUAAACCCUGUUUAAUUUCGUUUACAAUAGUUUUUUGAAAAUGAAUUACGAAAUGAUCGUGUAUGUAAUUCCUAUUUAAUAUAAUAACAAAUUAAAUCUGAAUGCAAUAUCUAGUUACAGAUUUCAAGCUAUAUUUAGCAAUCCAAAUAAUUAUUGGAUUGUAUGCUGUCUGGUCGGCAAGUAAACACAUAACAGAGGAAAACAUUUUAUUUUUUAUUUUUGUAUUAUGUUUAUCCGUAUCAUUUAAAAAGACCGUUUACAUGUUAGACUUUGAGUGCUCAUUCAUAUUGGUACGUAUGUUUUAAAUGAUCUAAUAAGUUCAUGGCUAUAAAAUACAAUAACAGUAAAAUAAUUUCAAAGAAUGUUAAUCGUAAUAAGUUAAAACGCUUUUAAUUUUAGUUUUUUCCAUUGUAGUAUUUUGGAUUGAACUCAGAUAUUUGAAUAAGUUAUAUCCUAGAUAUUUUAAAAUAUUUGCCCAAAAAGGCUUCAGCUGGAAACUAUUUCUCGCAGUCUCUUGUGUUGAUACACCACGAUCCAAGCAAAAGUAUAAAAUAUUUAUAUUUUGUAAUACACAAAAAUGUUCAAAUACAAAUAAAAAAUCUAUUAUUUAUUUUAAGGGAUCGUGCUCAUGUAAAUAUAGAAUUAAUAAUUCGUUAUAACUCCUUUUUUAAAUUUGUACGUUAGUGUACUGGUGACUGUAAAUAACACUUAAUGAACCUAUACAGUUUUGUAUUCAAGUGAACUAUAUUGUGUAAGAUAUCGCAACUACAAACUGUUAAUGGGUAAAUUUUAUACUGUUUAAAAAGCAAACAUUGAUAUUUGUGAAGUCUUAAACUUACGAUUACUUUGAAUGUGAAACCAAAAGACCAACACAUGUGACCCAGUGACUCAUACGGAACGGUUACAGAUAUCAAUGCAGCUGUCAGCCGAGACGAGACAUUUCUAAUGGAUGUGUUUUGAAGUCACGUGAGGCAAUUUCUUGUACAGGCUGUUAUCACGGAGUUCCUCGUUACGUUUUCACAGUUCCAUUCUUUGACCUGUUAAGUGCCGUUCGUUCUGUAGAUCUUGACUGAAUCCAUAAUGGCAAUUGUAACAAACAAUAAAUAUUCUUUCAUA